CUCUGAGUACACAUCUAUUCGCAGCAACUCGCCCGUGAACCAGGAGGGCCCAAAACGCGGUGAGUGGCCGCAAGACAAAGGUGGAGGAAGCUGAAUGAUCGGGCCGAUAGCCGAGGGAGCAGGAUCGCUCGGCUGUGGCUGAGACUCAAGUUGUGGGGCUUGGGCCAGGACCUCGCCCAACUCGACUUGGCCCGUACAUCCUCGCCACAUCUCUCGGCGAACGCUCUACACCAUCGGCGAAUGGUGGACAUCUUGCUCUGCGCACCACAUCCAUUCUCCACCCUCGCAAGCUUUGGCUGAAAAUAGGCCGCACUUCCUAUCGGACUACAUAAUCAUUCGUGGGCUUCUCGUGUCCACAUUACGAACCACCCAGAACAGUCGUGCAUUGCUCUUGUGCUUCGACCAGUAUUCACGAUGCCUGAAUUGUCGAAAGCGAUGCUCGACGUUUCGCGACUUGUCUUGCACAAGAGGGCAGUCCAGGAACAGGGCGGGUUGCUGAGUGGUCAAGAUCCCACUGCAAUCAACAUUAACGAUCCACUGCGCUUGUGGAUCAUUCAAGUUGGUGUCAUCGUCCUAACUACUCAGCUGCUCUCUCUCGUUCUGCGCAAGAUAAGACAGCCUAGGGUGAUUGCUGAAGUCAUUGGAGGUAUCCUGCUUGGACCCACUGCGUUCGGUCGUAUACCCGGCUUUACUCAACACAUCUUUCCUACCGACUCCCGUCCAUUCCUGUCGCUCGUGGCGAACAUUGGUCUCUGUCUCUUCCUGUUCCUCGUUGGACUUGAAAUCGACGCCGCUGUCAUCAAGCGGAAUGCUCGGCUCUCCGUCACUGUGGCCAUGGCUGGGAUGUGUCUCCCCUUUGGUCUUGGAUCUGCGCUUGCAGUCCCUCUCUAUCAUACAUUCAUUGACCAGAGCGUGAAGUUCACCAAUUUCAUGCUGUUCACGGGCGUGGCAUAUUCCAUCACCGCGUUCCCCGUUCUCUGCCGUAUCCUAACCGAGCUCAAGCUGCUCGAUACGACAGUUGGAAUCGUCGUGCUCUCCGCUGGAGUCGGCAACGACAUUAUCGGCUGGACGCUCCUAGCACUCUCGGUCGCCCUCGUCAACGCCGGGUCGGGCCUCGAGGCCCUCUGGAUCCUCCUAGUCUGCGUUGGCUGGACGCUAUUCCUGCUCUUCUUCGUCAAGCGCGUCCUUUACUGGCUCGCCCGCCGCACCGGCUCGAUCCGAGAUGGACCAACGAUGUUCUUCAUGACCGUGACGAUACUUCUCCUCUUCGGGUCCGCGUUCUUCACCGAUAUUAUCGGCGUUCACGCUAUCUUUGGCGCUUUCCUUGCUGGGAUCAUCGUUCCGCGUGAGGGCGGACUGGCGAUCGCCCUUACCGAGAAGUUGGAAGACAUGGUCUCUAUCAUCUUCCUGCCACUUUACUUCACGCUGUCAGGUCUGUCCACCGACUUGGGUCUGCUCAACAAUGGCAUCACUUGGGCAUACACAAUCGCAAUUUGCGCGCUGGCGUACUUCGGCAAGUUCACCGGGUGUACCCUCGCUGCAAGAUUCUCUGGUUUUACCUGGCGCGAGGCCGGUACCAUCGGUUCGCUGAUGAGUUGCAAGGGUCUUGUGGAACUUAUUGUCCUCAACGUCGGCCUGUCCGCUGGUAUUCUCUCUCAACGCGUCUUUUCCAUGUUCGUAUUGGAGGCACUUCUCCUCACGUUCAUGACCACGCCCGCGGUAACGAUUCUGUACCCGCCCGAGAUACGCGUCCGUGCUGCUGCGACAGGUGCCAACUUCAAUAGCGCUGAUGCACAAGGCGGUAAUGGUGAUAUCCCUCGUUUGGAGGGCACGAGUCAAUCUAGAGAUGACGAGGGGAAGUCUCGAUUCACAGUUGUCCUCGAUAAGAUCGAGCAUUUGCCCGGUAUGAUGGCGGUUACCCAACUCAUCCUACCGCCCCCGCCCCCGUACGCCGAACGGACGCCACCAACGGACAGCAGCGCAGAUCUCGAUGGAAAGGGCGUGUCGCCUCCGCCAGAGGUCGGAUCGACACCAGUGUCCAUCGACGCCAUCCGCCUCAUCGAGCUAUCCGACCGUACAUCCGCCGUCAUGAAGGGCUCCAAUAUCGACUCCCUUAUGGCCACAGAUCCACUCCUCGACAUCUUCACGACCUUCAGCGCACUCCACGGUGCCCCCGUCAGCAGCUCGCUCUCGAUCGUCCCCUUCGAGGACCUCGGCGCGACGGUCUCCGAGCAGGCGCGCCGCAACGACUCGCACCUCAUCAUGGUCCCCUGGCUACCCCCACACCACCACACCGCCGCGAACGACCACCACCCCGCGCCCGCCGCAGAACACACCGCCAACGCGACCCCGAUGCCCACCCCGCGCGUGACGACUCACAUGCAGAACCCGUUCGAGGCGCUCUUCCGUGCGACCGCCGCGGGCGCCGAGGAGCGCGACGCGUCCAUCUCGCACUCGCACUUUGUGCGCGCGCUCUUCGGUUCCGCGCGUACGGACGUCGCGCUCUUCGUCGACAGGCACACCCCCGGCGGUGUCGCGAAGGUGUCGCGCGGCGGCGCGCAUCGACUGUUCGUGCCGUUCUUUGGCGGGCCGGACGACAGGCUCGCGCUCGAGUUUGCGGUCCAGCUGUGCGCAAACCCGAAGAUCAGCGCGACGGUCGUCCGCGUGACGAAGGCGGCUGACGGGCAGGGACUUGGGGUCGGGCUUGGGGAAAGGGUGUCGACGGAGAAGUCGCCUGUGUUGGGCGAGGGAGAGAGGGAUGGGUCGGGUGACGCAGGUGCGCACCACCAGAACUUGGCGACAAUCGCUUCCGUCUUCCCGGACACAGUAUACGGCCACGCGACGACGCAGACCCGCCUCCAGUCCGAGACGGCAGACAACAUCGCCUGGGCACGUUACACCCGCCCCUCAGACCCGUCGCUCGCCCCCGCUCUCUCACGCAUGAAGUUCGUCGAGGUAUCGACCCCCAACCCGCUGCACUACAUCAUCGAGAACGCACUCAAGAUGUCUGAGACGGCCGUCGAGGAGCACAGUAGGCUGCUCGUGCUCGCAGGGCGCUCACGCCGACUCGCGGUCGAGAACCACCAUGCGGAGCUGAAGGCGAUCAUGGAGGAGCACGGGGGCGUUGGGAGCGAGGUGAAGCGGACCGUGGGCGACGUCACGACCGCGCUGGUCGUGUCCGGCUGCCAGGCGAACGUCAUCGUGUUCCAGGCUGCCCUCGCCUCCGAUUAAUGAUCUUCCUUCAUCCAAUGAGUGCUCAUUCUUCUGCUAUCGGGCGCAACCCCGAUGUCGAUGGUACGAUAUAUCAAUGCUACGACUAUACACUUACGACUUCGCGUACAUACCUGUUUACUUUUCCUCAUGCUGAUGUUGACGACCCCUCAUGUAUACCCACGCGACACUCCUCCACGCCUAAUGCGCGCGAGCGCCUGUAGCAUUAGCAUCUCACUGACAAGUUGCACUAGCAUUAGUGGAGUCGGCUCAUAGUAUCACCGAUUAGCGUUUGUACACGCAUCUAGCGGCAGUGUCCCGUGCAUAUAGCAUACCAAAUUUCGAACGGCGUAUGUGUUUUGAGGUAGAGAAACAGAGGAGAGAUAGAUAGCACAAGAAAGAGUACAAACAGAGGACAAGAGCCGCGAUAGCAUCGACGAGAAGAGAGGAAAGGAGACGGGAGAGAAAACAAAGGGAUCAAUCCUUGCUUUUCUUCUCCUUCUUGUCCUUCUUAUCUUUCUUGUCUUUCUUGUCCUUCUUGUCCUUCCUCGACUCGCCACCCUCCAUGGCCUCCUUCUCCUUGCGCUCCUUCUUCUUCUCCUUCUUCAGCGCCUUCUUCUCCUCUUUGCUCAGCUUCACCUUCUUCUUGGGCGCGCUGUCGUCGCUCUCCUUGUCCAAGUCCAUGCCUGCCUCGUCACUCUUCCGCUUCUUGUCCUUCUUGUCCUUCUUCUUCGGAGUCACCUCCACGUUGGCAAACGGCAGUGCGUCCCCCGCCUUGUCUUUGCCCUUGCCCUUCUCCUUCUUCGACUUUGCCUUGGCCUUGGCCUUGGCGCCAUCGACCUCCAUCGCAUCCUCCUCAUCCGACUCCUCGUCCUCGUCCACGUCGAGCGCGAGCGACUCGAACACCUUGCGCAUCGCGUCUGCGUUCUUCGAUGGCGGCUCGCCCGUCUCGAAAAAAUUGAGGCGCUCCUCGACCUGCUGCCGGAGGGCCUCGCCGAAUUUCGCAGUCGGGGUGUCGGUGUAGCAGUCUAUCCGCGCUGCUAUUGAGCACUUGUUUGCGAGGAACCUCGAAAUGCGGCCCUUAAACUUGGGGCCUGCACGGCCGAUGAACGAUGAGUGGUAGAUGAGACCGUACUUGGGCGUGUUCCCCUUUGUUUUGAGAGCACGGAACAGUGCCUUCUCGGCGCCGAGGAUUUGAACAGUCGAAGCGGGGUACUUGCUCAGGUUCGUCAGGCUUCCUGCAUGGCUGAUGAGACGCGCCCCGAUACGAUCACCAAGUAGAGCAGUGAGACUGGGUGCGACGUCGUUCAUCUUCUCGUGGAGGUAUGCCUGCAACGACUUGCGGUACUCCGCGAGGGACACAACACGAGUUGCGAACAUGCCGACGUUGAGAAUAUCGAACUCCGAGAGCUCCACACCCAUAGACCCCCGCGCCGCAUCCAAGACGUUCUGCGCUUUCGUCUCGUCGUCGUCCAACAGCGCAGCUAGGUCCGGCAGCUUUUCCUCGUUCAGGGUCUCCUUCGCGCCGAUGAACUGCGCGACGCGCGCGUACUGGUAGUUAUCCGGGACGAUCUUCACGAGCUCGGGGAAGUGGUACCCGUACCACUCGCGCACCCGCAUCGAGAACAGGUUCACGUCCUUGUCGAGCUGGUCCAGGAGGGCAAUAGCCUGGAUGAUCAUGUUGUCGAUCCGGUUCACGUUGAACUUCAGCUUCGCGCGGGAGUACGCGUGACCCAAACCGAGCUGCGCCUUGGUGAUGUCUGUGUCCUGCAAGCCCUUCAGCAGCCUCGGGGCGUGCUCGCGGAUGCCGCGCAGAAUGUCCGUCGCGACCUCCUUUGAGGAGCAGUUGAUGCCCAUUUGCUCUUUGAGCACCGGCGCGAGGGCCGAGUUGACCGCAAGGACAACCGAGGAGCCCUUCUUCGGCUUGGCGAGGUUGAGCUCAAGAAUGUCGCGGAGGUAAGGGUGAAUGGUGUUUUCUGAGAGGUCGUUCAUAUUCUCCAACGCAUGCGCGGCAUUUUGGAAAGGCGCGAAGCUAACCAGGGAUACCAUCUUGUUGAAUUUUGAGAAGUCGUCGAUGGAAGCCUGUACGGCUUUGUCCAGUGCACCGACAACAUCGUGCAGCUUGACCUCGAAGAUUGCAUAGCCGGAGGAAGUCUCAAAGAGGGCGUGAGUAGCCAUGGCAGAAGAUGGCCCGCCGGAUAGAAGGAAGCAAGGGAGCGGCCGAGGCAAGACACC